GUGUCAUCCCUAUAACAUUUUGUUGUGGGCUGCAGCAGCUGUAGGCCGGUUUUGGUUUACUUGUUUUUGUUUUAAAACUUUUUGUAUAGUGUGAAUAAAUAAACUAAAUGAAUUAUCAACAUUCAAUACCACCUUUACCAGCAGAAGGUGAACAGAAUAAGGCGGCACCACCACUACCACCUGGAUUGCCGCCAGUUCCACCUCCACCGCCUUCAUCUUCCUUAUCAUCAGAUUCUCCUCAUUUAACUCCGACAACUAUUAUAAACAGCAAUUUUGUAACACCUUCGAUAUCGCAAGAGCAUGGUGCAAGUAGAUUUCAUCCCUCAUCGUUCUAUCAAAGAUCCUUUACUGACACCGGAAAACCAUGUUAUUCCACUUAUCGGGAACCAGGUAGCUUUGCUGAUAAAUAUACAUAUGAAGGAGGCUUUAAUGUGCCACCUCCAGCUAUGAAGAAACAGGAGUAUAAUUCAUACGGCUCUACAAAAAACGAAUACAACUACCAAAAAAUAAAGUAUGAUGACAACCGUCAUCGGCCGUACAGAAGAGGAACAGAUUACGAGCCGAAUAUAAGUAAUUACUAUGGUCCUGCAAACGAGAGAUCGUAUUUCUAUGAGCAGAACAAAAUAUCGUCAAAUCCAGUUAACAAAACAUCGAGGAUAAAUUAUCGCAAUGCACCUAUACAACCGCACAUAUCUCGUCAACAUUUUAUGCCGACAUCGUCUCAAAGAAAUUACGGAUAUGCAAAAUAUUCAGAUAUUGGUAGGUACCAACGUGAAAGAAUUACUGAAUCACGGGUCGGUAUUAAAGAACAAAAAUUGGAGACAGAAAGGGACAGGCUGUUGAAAAGUUGGAGAUCAAAUUACUGUGAAACUUCUGAAGAUAUCGAAGCAAAAUUAGCAGAAUUGGUUGAACAAGAUGAAGAACAACGAACUGUUUGGAUAAGAUCGUCUCCUGCAGAUCCUUUUUAUAGGAGAACAAAUAUCCCAAAUGAAGUUUUAUCCACGAGCAGAUUAGAAGCUCUUUGUAAUUUAUUCGAAGAAAAGUUAGUACAACGCGCUGAAGGAGUACGGAAAUGUUUACCUUCCCACGACCCGCCUGCACGAAAGCCUCGUCGUCGCUUAUGUAAACACAAAUCUGAAGCUUGUUCGUCAUCAUCGGAAGAUUCGUCAGAUGAUGAAUUGAAAAUAGAGCAAGAUUGCUGUAUGGAGGAACUCUCUAGAAAAUUGCAACAUCCUUAUCGAGUUCAUGCUGAUUUAUGGCAUAAUGAUUCUGGAGAAAUGAAUGAUGGUCCUCUCUGUCGUUGUUCCGCAAAAUCACGACGUAUUGGUAUUCGGCACGGUAUUUAUCCUGGUGAAACUGGAUAUAAGAAAUGUGUUAUGAAUUCAAAUAAUGCGUCACAACUUUACCAUUAUAAAAUUACUAUUUCGCCUCCCACAAAUUUUCUUACUAAAACGCCAACAAUAAUAAAACAUGAUGAGCACGAAUUCAUUUUCGAAGGAUUUUCUAUGUUAACGCAUUCUCCUCUUGCGGAUUUACCAACAUGUAAAGUUAUCCGUUUCAAUAUUGAGUAUACCAUUUUAUAUGUUGCUGAAAAAAUGCCUGAGAAUUUUACAAUAAGAGAAUUGGAGUUGCUGAAUAAGUACUUAUUUCAUGAACUUCUCGAGCUAGUCGAUUUUUCACUUUACCCUGAUGGGAUGUCAGAUUCUGAUACUUGCCCUGCCUUUCACUUCCUACCACGUUUUGUAAGAGACCUGCCCGAUAAUGGGAAGGAAGUAUUGGCCAUAAGCGAAGUAUUGCGAUAUCUCCUUGAUAGCGCAGCGCCACUUGUUCAUCCAGAUCAAUUACACUGUGUUAACGAUAUCAGCCAGCAUGAGUGGCAAGAUUACGUUGAUUUUAUAAAAGGUAUGCUUGUGACAAAACCUGGAUACAAACCAUGUUCGGUACGAGUUGACCAAUUAGAUCGUAAUGUGGCCGAUUUGCCUGAAUGCUUUGACGCAGAAGAAAAUGUUACGCAUCCCGCAAUUGUUCAUUUUGGUAUACGGCCACCACAACUGAGCUACGCUGGUAAUCCGGAGUAUCAGAAAGCAUGGAGGGAGUAUGUUAAAUAUCGUCAUCUCAUGGCCAAUAUGUCGAAGCCAUCUUUCGAUGAUAAGCGUAAGCUGGAGGAAAAGGAGGCACGCUUACAGGAAAUGCGGACGCAGGGCCGUAUGAAGCGUAACGUAACAGUAGCAGUGAGCUCGAAGGAUUAUUAUAGAACCGGCAUAAUGUGUGAUAUUGUGCAGCAUGCAAUGCUCAUCCCGGUACUUACCGGCCACUUGCGGUUCCAUAGAUCACUUGAUUUUUUGGAAAAGAGCAUUGGUUACAGUUUCAAGAAUCGAUAUCUAUUACAAUUGGCGCUAACACAUCCUUCCUACAAAGAAAAUUAUGGUACUAACCCUGAUCAUGCAAGAAACUCACUAACAAAUUGUGGUAUACGGCAACCGGAAUAUGGUGAUCGUAAAAUUCAUUAUCUGAAUACAAGAAAACGCGGCAUCAACACACUUAUAAAUAUAAUGUCUAGAUUUGGCAAGGAAUAUGAAACGAUGUCAAAUAUAACUCAUAACGAACGAUUGGAGUUCUUAGGAGAUGCUGUUGUAGAAUUUUUAAGCUCAAUUCACCUGUUUUUCAUGUUUCCCGAUUUGGAAGAAGGCGGAUUGGCGACAUAUCGUGCGGCCAUUGUUCAGAAUCAACAUUUGGCAUUACUGGCGAAAAAGUUACAUUUGGAAGAGUAUAUGCUCUAUGCUCAUGGCUCUGAUUUAUGUCAUGAAUUAGAAUUGCGGCAUGCAAUGGCUAACUGUUUCGAGGCUUUAAUGGGUGCUCUAUUACUUGAUGGUGGUAUAUCGAUAGCUGACGAAGUUUUUAUGAAUGCUCUAUAUAUGGAAAAUGAACAAUUAAAAGAAAUUUGGAAAAACUAUCCUGAACAUCCCCUUCAAGAACAGGAGCCUUUGGGUGAUCGUUCUUGUAUAUCUUCUUAUCCUGUGCUGCAAGAAUUGACCAAAUUUGAAGAGUCUAUCGGUAUUCAGUUUAAACAUAUACGUUUACUAGCUCGAGCUUUUACUGAUCGAUCAAUUGGUUUUACACAUCUCACAUUGGGAUCUAAUCAACGUUUAGAGUUUCUAGGAGACACUGUUCUACAACUAAUUUGUUCGGAAUAUCUUUAUCGUCAUUUUCCCGAGCAUCACGAGGGUCAUUUGUCUUUACUUCGUUCCUCUCUUGUGAAUAACCGUACACAAGCGGUUGUGUGUGAUGAUCUUGGUAUGACCAAAUAUGCAGUUUAUUCUAAUCCAAAAGUGGAACUUAAGACCAAGGAUCGUGCUGAUUUGUUAGAAGCUUUUUUGGGUGCACUCUACGUCGACAAAGGCCUCCUAUAUUGCGAACAGUUCUGUCAUGUUUGCCUAUUUCCCCGGUUGCAAAUAUUCAUCAUGAAUCAAGACUGGAAUGAUCCCAAAUCAAAACUGCAACAAUGUUGCCUUACUUUGCGAACUAUGGAAGGAGGAGAGCCUGAUAUUCCUAUUUAUAAGGUGAUCGAAUCUAUUGGUCCAACAAAUACAAGAGUUUAUACGGUUGCAGUUUAUUUUCGUUCCAAACGUCUGGCGACAGCGACCGGUUCAUCUAUUCAGCAGGCUGAAAUGAAUGCCGCAAAACAAGCCUUGGAUAAUUCCCGGGAUUUAUUCCCUCAGUUGGAUCAUCAAAAGCGCGUUAUAGCCAAGAGCAUUAAGAAACAAAAAGGCAGUGAACUUAGGGCUGAUUUUGAGGAAAUGUUUAGCGACCAGAAGAAGCCAAAAACUAUUAAUUCAAUGGAAGACGAAUCGCAUCUCCCAAAACAGUAUCGAAUACGAGAAGACAUUUCCAGCGAUGAAUUGCCAGAUGAUGAUAUGAGUGAAGUUAACAAUCAACACAAAACUGUUAACAGCAAAAGAAUAUCAAGCCAGUCAAGUCAAAGCAGUGCCGCUAGUACAAGUUCCGGUAACGAAGAGCUAGAAAAAUGUGUCAAAAAUGUAAGGAAAAGAAAACUCACUAAAAGAAGAAGUUCCCUUCAAUGUAUGACAAGCUCAAUUACAUCUAAGAAUUUGUGUAUCAAUGUUGAGGAUGGCCAAAGCGUCAACAAAAGAAAUUGUGAGGAUGUCAGCAGUGAUGAUUGCUUUGGGGAAAGUUUAGUUACAGCAAUUCCUGUUAAAAGUGAUUCGUCCAAAUUGUCUGCAAACGAGAUACUUCACGACCUAAAAGAUUUAGUGGAGGAUGUAUCAUCAAAUUCUGACAUUGAGUCAGGGGAGCUUAGCAGUUAAUCUGCUGUCAAAUAUUACAUUAUCUAUCAACUUCGUUAACAAAGUGUUAUCACCUCUUUUGUUGGUGUGCCGUCUGAUAGUAGAAAAUUAAAAAAAAAAAACAUGGCUAACGCAAACCGAUUAAAUUAAUAAUUUCAACCCGUUACUGUAUUGAAUCUAAUAAAAACUGGAAAUAAUUCAAUAUUUGAAAAAAUA